AUGAAAUACACAUCAGUCUCAUUAACAUAUAUUAAAGAUAAAAGUACCAUACAUGCAUCAUCAGGUAUACUCAUAACGUCCAAGAAAGAAUCAUUCGUACUAACGAUCAAUCAUAUACCGAAUAUAAAUGAUUAUAAAAUAUAUUCAAAUUAUGAACCUAACAAAUCCAUUACCAAUGUUCAAUGGAAUGAAAUUAAAAUUAUAGAAGAAAUAGAAUUAAAUCAAGAUUUUCAAUUUUUUAAAAAUGAAUUUCAUAUCUUCCCAUCUGAUCAAUUUUUUAAAAGCACAAUAUCAUUAUUAAAAUUGACAGCACCAACAAACAUGAGUAAAAAAUUAAUGGAAUUUAAGUUAGAUCUAAAUUUUAAAAUUGGUGAAUCUAUUAAAAUUAUAUCUAGUCCUUUCAAUUUAACAAAUCCGUUUAUUUUUAAUAAUUUUAUAAAUUAUUCUCAUAUUGUCAAUCAAAUUAAUGAUGAAGAUUAUUUAUUAUGUGAUUUAAAAUAUUUAGAUAAUAUGAAUGGUGGAAUAGUUGUAAAUUCCCUAAAUGAUCAAAUAAUUGGUUUAGUAUUAGGUAGUUUAAGAAAAAUAAAUGGAGAUGGUGAUUUAACCAUCAUUAUACCAUUUAUAAAAAUAUUUAAAUUAUUAAAAAUGAAUGAAUUUUCAAUUAACAGUUCUACAACAAAUUCAUUAACUUCAUCAUCAAUAAUUCCAAUUAAAAUUAAAAGUUCAAAUAAAUAUACUUGGGGUUCAUGCGUACUAUAUAAAUCAAACGUUUUAAUAACAAAUCAUCAUGUUAUAUCACCUUUAUUUAAUGAAAUUUCAUCAUCUGCUUUAAUUAUUUCACCAAAUAACCAAACACUAGCAAUAACUAAAAAUCAAAUUAAAACACCCAUGAAAGAAUUAGAUUUAUCAUUUAUUUUUCUAGAUCAACCUAUACAAGAUUUAAAUCCUAUAAUACCUUGUAGGAAUUAUAAAGUUGAAACAAAAGUAUAUACAGAAUCAUAUGGAUUAUAUUUAAAUGUAGAUAAUUUAAAACCAAUGAUUUGUCCAGGUUUUAUAAAUUAUAUUUAUAGUAAUCAAAACAAUUUAAAUGGUAUGAUAAUUUCAUCAACUUCUUGUUUUAAUGGUAGUUCAGGUGGUGGAUUAUUUAAUUUUCAAAAUAAUGAAUUUCUAGGAAUAAUUUGUUCAAAUGCUCAAAUUAAAAAAUUUAAACCUUUUGAAGCUAUAAAAGGAAAAGAAGAUAAUAAAGAAGAAUUUGAAAAAAUUACGAAUUUUACAUUUAUUUUACCAAUUGAUUUAAUUGAUUAUUGUUUUAAUCAAUUAAUCAAGGAAAAAGUUAUAAAAAUUGAUUCUAAAAUUAUUGAUUUAUGGAAAUUAAAAUCUUUUCAUCAAGAAAUAUUUAUUGAUUUACCUGAAAAUAGAUCAAAACUAUAG